GGUGACAAUCUUUUAAAGCAUCAUAUGUCUAAUCGAAAGGAGUUGAUUGGUAAACAAAAUGAUGGUGACACGCUCAACCAUUUUAGCCAUCAACACCCACUCAUCCUUUUCGACAAGCAAACAAUAGUAGGUAUAACUCUUCACGACCCCAUGAAAAGAGUUCGGCUAUUAUGUGACGGAUGUGUGAAACCAAUCAUAACAGUACCAUUUUACAUGUGUUCCGAAUAUGUUGAUGGAAAAUGUUGUUUUGUUCUUCAUGAGUGGUGUGCCAAACUGCCCUCGGAAGUACAACACUACGUGGGCCAUCACGAGCAUACUCUUUUUCUACUGCCGAAAAUCUCUGAUAGGUUAUUUGGUGUGUUCACAUGUACUGUUUGCGGGUUACCAUCUAAUGGUUUCGCGUAUGGGUGCACAAUGUGUGACUUUUAUGUUGAUAUUAAUUGCGCAUUCAUACCUGAAGAAAUAACACAUGCGGCUCAUCCAGAUCAUCUCCUAUUGAGAGUAGAGACUUCACCUUAUAAUGAAAUGCGUUUGUCUUGCAAAGCAUGUGAUGACCAUUCGUUGCCAAGGUGGGGAUUUCAGUGUCCCUCUUGUAAUUUCUACAUUCAUGUAGAGUGUGCUUUGUUAUUGCUUAAAGUGAUUAAGCACAAGUGUGAUAAACAUCCUUUGAGCCUUAGAUACCAUCCAGCGGAGAACCAUAUCAGCGAUUACUUUUGUGAGAUAUGUGAGUAUGGUUUAAACCCUUGGAAAUGGUUCAUCCAUUGCACUACAUGUGCCCAGUCUAUGCAUGUUGGUUGUGUACCGUAUAUACUUCAAUGUGAGCAAGGUAAAUAUCCUUUGAGACGUGAUGUCAAUAGGUUUCUCAAUAUCAAAUUUGGAGGAAUGCUUGAGAUCAAAGGUCACUCACACCGCUUGGCUUUUGCACAAGGGUUUAACAGCGAUGGAAAGUGCGUUAAGUGUCAUCAAGAAUUGGAAUACUAUAUGAUCUUUAAGUGCUUGGAAUGUGAGUUUGCAUUUCAUUAUGGGUGUGCAUCUUCAUUUCUUAGUUGAUCAAGCUCUUUGUCUUAUACUAUUGUAACUUUGUUAUAUGUGUCCAGUCAAUUCUUUCGACUAGUUUGGUUUCGAUCUUUUAUCAUUUGGUGUCAAUCACUCGACUAUUGUAAGCUUUUUAUGAGUAUCGAAUAAAUUAUCAAUUAUCUUGUAACAACUUCUCGCUAU